AUGAUGUUGCCUGAAGCAUGCGUAGCCAACAUCCUUUCAUUAACAUCUCCAGCGGACACAUUCUCAUCGUCGAUGGUUUCUUCCGUUUUCCGGUUAGCCGGAGACUCGGAUUUCGUAUGGGAGAAGUUUUUGCCGUCAGAUUACAAAAGCCUCAUCUCUCAAUCCACUGAACAUCAUCGGAGUUUCUCAUCCAAGAAAAAGAUUUAUGAAUGUUUCUGCGAUUCUAUUCUCAUCGAUAACGCCCGCAAGCUCUUCAAGAUCAAUAAGUUCUCUGGAAAAGUUUCAUAUAUUUUAUCAGCAAGAGAUAUUUCUAUAACUAGGAGCGACCAAGCAUCUUGCUGGUCUUGGAGCAAUGUCUCAGAUUCUAGGUUCUCGGAGUCGGCUGAACUUAUUACAACAGAUCGGUUAGAAAUCAAUGGAGAAAUCCGUACAAGAAUUUUAUCACCAAACACAAAAUAUGAAGCAUAUCUCAUUGUGAAAGUAACUAAACGCGCCUACGGACUAGACCUAGUUCCAGCAGAGACUUGUGUUAAAUCCAAGAGUGGUCAAAUUGUUAAGAACACAGCUUAUCUAUGUUGCUUGGAUGAGAAGAAACAACAAAUGAAGCGGCUGUUUUACGGAAACCGAGAAGAGAGAAUGGCUUCGACUGUAAAUUCGGUCGGCGGGGAUGGGAUAAGGAGGGAGCCGAAAGGUAGAGACGACGGGUGGAUGGAGAUUGAGUUAGGAGAGUUUGAGACAAGAGAAGGAGAGGAUGAUGAGGUUAGUAUCAGUCUAACGGAAGUUAAAGGUUAUCAGCUGAAAGGUGGCAUUGUGAUUGAUGGUAUUGAAGUGAGGCCUAAAUCUCUGAAUUAG